GUGACUCUUCCCCUUCCGCUCUUUUUUGUUCAAAAUACAUACGACUAGAAAUGACAAUUAUAGGAUACACAGAAAAUGAAAAUCAAGUACUUUAUACUGUAGUCGAAGGACAAGGAGAACUCGAAACAAGGGAAGAAUUGACUGCUCAACAAUUGUUAGCUACUAGACCUGUCCUUGUUGAAUUGUAUGAAUAUAAGAACGAUGUUACGAUCGAAACACGGAUCGAACGCAGAGCUGAAAAGCUCGAAACUUUUCCAAAAAGAAUGCAAUUAAUGAUUAUCGAUUACUUUGAAGUUGGUCACCGUAAGCCCUACGCCCUCGAUCAAAUAAUUCAAUAGACUGGUUCCCAACACCUUUUUUUCAUUUCUGUAGUUGAUGUUGGAAUGCAACUAAUCGAAAACAUUUUUGGGCUAGGAAAAAAGCCACCUUUCCCACUUUUGUUGAUGUUGAUAAACUCCAUGUUACAACCUAAGGAUAAAUUUUCAAGGAAAGAACAACAUAGAAGUCAUUGGAUUUUUUGUAAGAGGGCUCAUGCCACUUUGAUGGACGUAUUGAGUUUGUACGGACCUGAAAUUUACGAUCCUAUCUGGAAUCAAUUUAAGUACUUCAAGUAUGUGUCUGCCACAAAAGCAAGCCUAGAAGACGACGAAAUUUAUAGCGAGUUCGAUAACAAAGAACUAAGCAACUAUAGCGAUUUUUGGGACUACACUGACACGUUAUUAAAUCAUGGAUCAGCAAACCUUGAUUCAAAGUGUCGUAGAUUAGUAUUAGACUUUUUGGUGAAUGUCUUACAGAUUGACUUGAAAUCAAGAUUGGAUCGUGAGGAAGAUGUCAAGAAUUCCAUCAUUUACAAGACUGUAAAGUUGGUUAAUAUCAAGCAAUACUUGAAGAUUCUCUUUAGAAAGUUUCCAAGCCCUGAUGAAAAUCUGUAUCAUCUUACGGGAGACCUUUUGAAUAUGUUUAUUACGCUGUCUUGCUUCGAGUCAACCGAUAUUGUGAACCAGGUUUAUUCCAAAUUUUCGCAAAUGGAUGCAGACCGUUGUCAGCAACUCAUGCAAGUGAUUCGAUACCCAACCUUCCUUAUCGAAGUUUGCGAUAAGGCCUUAUCCGACACAAAUAUCUCCAAGGUAGACGAUGCCUAUAAGCACUUUCGAAACAGCAACCAUAUCCCGCUUCAUUUAGAAAAGUUACUUUUCUACGUCUUUAAAACAUUGCCUCUCUCUGAUUCGUUGCUUGACAUCUAUCGCCAUGUUUCCAUUGUAUCCAAAUACUGCAUGUGUGUUUUAUCGACUGCUUCUAUUAGCCAUAAAAGAGCAAGUCCAGAGACGAACUCGGCUCUGUCUGAAGAACAGUUGUUCUUAUUAAUAACAAAUCAAAAUGAAAUAUUGGAUGACUGGGAAAUCAUGAUUGAACAAGAAAUGCAUAAAAAUGGCAAAACUCCAGAUCUGGAAGUUAUGGAAAAGAUCCGUUGGACAGUCAAAUUGACCAAAUUAACUAUCACUGAAUACCUUUAAUAAUCUAGAAUUGAAAUAUAUUAUAUAUACAUAGACUUUUAAACACAUGUCUAUUACUUGUUAAAAUGUACAUAAUCACAUUAUUUGCUGUUCUCAUUUUCUACUGUUCUGGUCUCGGCCCUUUUUCAGUUACAGAUGUG